CCCCGCGGCCAAUCACUGGCGCGUAGGCUUUUGUAACGUUCCCGGCGCCGCGUUUGAAUUCGAGGAGGAGUCCAGCGGUGUCAAACCUCUUCCCAGACCCUGGAGGGCCGCUGAGCAACUCCGGGAAUAUGAGCGCGGCGGCAACAGUAGGGAAGCUGGCGCGGGCACCAGCCGACCCAGGGAAAGCCGGGGGCCCGGGCGCUGCCGCUCCGGGGGCCCCGGCGGCCGCCCCGCCGGGGAAAGAGAUCCCAGAGGUCCUAGUGGACCCACGCAGUCGGCGGCGCUAUUUGCGGGGCCGCUUUCUGGGGAAGGGUGGCUUUGCCAAGUGCUUCGAGAUCUCGGACGCAGACACUAAGGAGGUGUUCGCGGGCAAGAUCGUGCCUAAGUCGCUGCUGCUCAAGCCGCAUCAGAAGGAGAAGAUGUCCAUGGAGAUAUCCAUUCACCGCAGCCUCGCCCACCAGCAUGUCGUAGGCUUCCACGGCUUUUUCGAGGACAGCGACUUCGUGUUCGUGGUGUUGGAGCUCUGCCGCCGGAGAUCUCUCUUAGAGCUGCACAAACGGCGGAAAGCACUGACCGAGCCUGAGGCCCGCUACUACCUGCGGCAGAUCGUCCUUGGCUGCCAGUACCUGCACCGAAACAGGGUCAUUCACCGGGACCUCAAGUUAGGCAACCUCUUCCUGAACGAGGAUCUGGAGGUGAAAAUAGGGGAUUUUGGACUGGCAACCAAAGUUGAAUAUGAUGGGGAACGGAAGAAGACCCUGUGUGGAACUCCUAAUUACAUAGCUCCUGAGGUGCUGAGUAAGAAAGGACACAGUUUCGAGGUGGACGUGUGGUCCAUCGGGUGUAUCAUGUAUACCUUGUUAGUGGGCAAACCACCUUUUGAGACAUCUUGCCUAAAAGAGACCUACCUACGGAUCAAGAAGAAUGAGUACAGUAUUCCCAAGCACAUCAAUCCUGUGGCUGCCUCCCUCAUCCAGAAGAUGCUUCAGACCGAUCCCACUGCCCGCCCCACCAUCCACGAGCUACUCAACGAUGAGUUUUUUACCUCUGGUUAUAUUCCAGCCCGUCUCCCCAUCACGUGCCUCACCAUUCCACCCAGGUUUUCCAUUGCUCCCAGCAGCCUGGACCCCAGCAACCGGAAGCCUCUCUCAGUCCUCAAUAAAGGCACAGAGAACCCCAUACCUGAGCAGCCCCGAGAAAAAGAGGAACCAGCAGUCCGGGAGACCAGUGAGGCAGUGGACUGCCACCUUGGUGACUUGCUGCAGCAACUGCACAGCGUCAAUGCCUCUAAGCCCUCAGAUCGGGGGCUGGUGAGGCAAGAGGAGGCUGAGGAUCCGGCCUGCAUCCCCAUCUUCUGGGUCAGCAAAUGGGUGGACUAUUCGGACAAGUAUGGCCUUGGAUAUCAACUGUGUGACAACAGCGUAGGGGUGCUCUUCAAUGAUUCGACACGCCUUAUCCUCUACAACGAUGGUGACAGCCUGCAGUACAUAGAGCGUGAUGGCACAGAGUCCUACCUCACUGUGAAUUCCCAUCCCAACUCCUUGAUAAAGAAGAUCACCCUCCUUAAGUAUUUCCGAAACUACAUGAGUGAACACUUGCUGAAGGCAGGGGCCAAUAUCACACCACGGGAAGGUGAUGAGCUGGCCCGGCUGCCCUACCUGCGUACCUGGUUUCGCACCCGCAGUGCCAUCAUCCUGCACCUUAGUAAUGGCUCUGUGCAGAUCAACUUCUUCCAGGACCACACCAAACUCAUCCUGUGCCCAUUGAUGGCUGCUGUGACUUAUAUCAACGAGAAGCGGGACUUUCGCACAUACCGCCUGAGCCUCCUGGAGGAAUACGGCUGCUCCAAGGAGCUGGCCAGCCGGCUGCGAUAUGCCCGCACCAUGGUGGACAAGCUGCUGAGCUCACGCUCAGCCACCAAUCGCCUCAAGGCCUCCUCAUAGACCUGUUCCCUCUGGACUGGUGCCCCUAUCCCCUC